AUGGAUGAUUCGCCCAGCUUUGGCCUGUCUGCGCGGAACCAGUCUUCCACAAGCAUACGGUCGCAAUCGUCAUACUCCCGCACCGAGAUUGAACUUUUUGAUCCGGUGCCGAGCUAUGAGGAAGCUCUUCAUUUGAUACCACCACUUCCGCGGCCGCCGUUGCCGAAACAAACCGUGAACUUGAAUGCCGAACGUAACAGGCUCAAAUCAAUGGGGCUAGGAAUCCUUGGACCGGCCCAACACUUCGCCAUGGCUGUUUGUCGUGACGUUUCGUUGAUUGUGAUACUAAAACAGAUGUAUACGAUGUGGGGGGCUUAUUCAGAGCUGAAAAUGGAAACCUCUCCCCGAAUAACUGCGACACGAUCAUCGGAGUACCUGCUGGCGGGGCUCUGGUGCUUGGUCUCUGGAUAUAUGACGUAUUCCAUCCUCGACGGACUAAUGGUGAGAUGGAUCGUCACUUAUUCGAUCACUGCCGCGAUUGUGCGGAUGCUGAGUAUGUCGCUGCUUUUAGCCACAAUUGUGGAGCUGCUUUCGAUGACGUUCAAUCCUUCUGGCAAUUACUACUUGCCGAACUGGAUAUUGAUCUCCUGUGUUCUGACGGUGAUCUACAUUCUUCAGAAUUACAUGACCUCCAAUUUGAGGCUUGGAAAUAAAAAGGGACCUCGUUCCAUGGAUUUGUACAAUAUCGUGGUGUUUGCCGUGGUGCCGAUUGGCGUGGCCAGUUUCUUCACCAUGAUCGGGCUCAUACGAGUGGUUUUGAUUUUGCGUUUGGACGUUGAGUUGUUGGGGUAUUAG